GGCAAGCGGGCGUGGCGGUCUGGGUGGAUGGUACCCGCGAGUUUAAAGAGGCGGGUCAGCCCACCAGCUCCAGCCCUUGUCUAGCUCAGGGGGCAGGUGUUGCGGCCACCGAGUGGGAGCAAUGACGGUGGAGCAACUGCUAGGUAGACCCCGGGGACCGCGAAUGCUGGGGAUCUGGAGAGACUAUGGGGCUCGGGUGUUUGCCGGGACCCUCCUGCUGCUGUUGUCUCUGGUAGGAUUCGAAGCCGGGCCAAAGGACGACUUCAGUCUGGUGCGGCCGUUGGUGACCAUGGAACAACUGCUGUGGGUGAGCGGGAAGCAGAUCGGCUCUGUGGACACCUUCCGCAUCCCGCUCAUCACGGCCACUCCUCGGGGCACUCUCCUUGCCUUCUCUGAGGCCCGAAAAAUGUCCGCGUCAGAUAUGGGGGCCAAGUUCAUCGCUUUGCGGAGGUCCAUUGACCAGGGCAACACAUGGUCCCCAACAGAGUUCAUCAUAGAUGAUGGGGAGACCCCCGACGGGCUGAACCUGGGGGCGGUGGUGAACGACGCUGAGACAGGAGUGGUGUUCCUUUUCUACUCCCUCUGCGCUCACAAGUUCGGCUGCAAGGUGGCCUCCACCAUGUUGGUAUGGAGCAAGGACGAUGGCCUUUCCUGGAGCAAACCCCAGAACCUCUCCCUGGACAUCGGCACUGAGAUGUUUGCCCCCGGACCAGGUUCUGGCAUUCAGAAACAGCGGGAGCCACGGAAGGGCCGACUCAUCGUGUGUGGCCAUGGGACGCUGGAGCGGGAUGGGGUCUUCUGCCUCCUCAGCGAUGACCACGGGGCCUCCUGGCGCUAUGGGAGUGGGGUCACUGGCAUCCCCUAUGGCCAGCCCAAGCAGGAACGUGAUUUCAGUCCUGAUGAGUGCCAGCCCUAUGAGCUCCCCGAUGGCUCCGUCGUCAUCAACACCAGGAACCAGAACAACUACCACUGCCACUGCCGAAUGAUCCUCCGCAGCUAUGAUGCCUGUGACACACUGCGGCCCCGUGAUGUGACCUUUGACCAAGAGCUUGUGGACCCCGUGGUAGCCGCAGGAGCUCUGGCCACCAACAGCGGCAUUGUCUUCUUUUCCAACCCAGCCCAUCAAGAGUUCCGAGUGAACCUGACUCUGCGCUGGAGCUUCAGCAAUGGUACCUCCUGGCAGAAGGAGAGACUCCAGCUAUGGCCAGGGCCCAGUGGCUACUCCUCCUUGGCAGUACUGGAGGGCAGCAUGAGUGGGGAGGGCCAGGCUCCUCAGCUCUACGUCCUGUAUGAGAAAGGCCGGUACCAGUGCACAGAGAGCAUCUCCCUGGCCAGGGUCAGCAUCUAUGGGAUUUUCUGAGCUGCACCCCUGCCAUAAGGGUAGGAGGCCCUAGACUCAGACUUGAAGACUAUAGGUCCGUGGCAGGAUCUGCUAGGGGUGCCGAAAAGGUAGUUCUGCCUUCCUUUAGACUCUGUCUUUUUGCAGAAUCAACUCCUCUUUGACAGGGAAAUGACUCUGUUAAAAUGAAAAGCCUGACUUCCUCUCUCGCACAGGAAGUCCCACCCUCGCCUGGGAACACUUCCUUUCCACAGCCCUGCAAAUGUGGUCUCUCUACCUUCUCUGCCCUCCUUGGACAGUGAUUGGUCCUUUUCUUGGGCAAAGUGGAAAUGGGGCCUAGGUGGGCCUGUAGAAUUGAACAAAUGUGACCUCAGAGUUGAGUAAGCAGAGCUUCCUCUUCGAGGGUGGAGGAAGAGACUGGCGUUGGCAAAGGGAGUCCCAGAAGCUCAGGAUAUUUGGUUUCAGGGUAAGGAACUAAGUGUCACCCCUGCCCCAUUACUAUUUAUGAAUCGAUACCUUUAUAACUCAAAUUUUUUAAUGAAAGAGAACGAACAUUU